AUGACGUUCUACAACAGCAAUGUCGCGGCCAUUAACCCGCAAGACAACCACUUGUUCUUGGGAGGGGGUGACAAACUUCAAUACGACCACCUCGUCAUCGCACCAGGCAUCAAAGUCGAUUACAACAGCGUCAAAGGCCUUCGCGAAGCUAUGCGAAAUCCUGAUAGCGUCGUAGCAUCCAUAUACAGCUACGACCAUUGCGACAAAGUCUUUCAAAACAUUCAGCGCCUCAAAAAGGGCUCAGCCAUCUUCACCCAGCCUUCCGGUGUAGUGAAAUGCGCAGGUGCGCCUCAAAAACUCAUGUGGCUCGCAAUGGACUACUGGAAACGAACAGGCCUCUACAGCAACGAUCCCGAGAAAAGCACCAUCAAGAUGACUUUCGCGACUGGUCUGCCCACUAUGUUUGGCGUACCGAAGUACAGCGUCAAACUGAACGAAAUGCGAGAAGAGAGAGGAGUCACAGGCCUCUUCGAACAUAACCUUAUCGAGAUUAAUGGGAAUACUGCGACAUUUGAACGACCGAACGGCGAACAGCCCGUACAGCGACAUUUUGACUUCCUUCAUGUUGCGCCCCGGAAUGUACCGCACGCUUUUGUGAAAGAGAGCGGGUUGGGGAACGACGCGGGAUUCGUAGACGUGGAUCAGCACUCUCUCCGGCACAAGAAGUUCAAGAACGUAUGGUCGCUUGGUGAUGCGGCUAGUCUGCCUACAUCGAAAACAGUGGCUGCGAUCACAUCCCAGGCGCCCAUUCUCACACAAAAUCUCUUGCGUACUAUGGAUGGCAAGGAGCCAGAGUCCGAAUACGAUGGUUAUACUUCAUGUCCGCUUCUGACCGGUGACAAGAAGGUGCUUCUUGCGGAGUUCAAAUACGGUGGUAUGCCGAAAGAGACGUUCAAUACAUGGUUUGGUGUUGAUCAGGCAGUGCCGAGACGUGCUUUCUAUCAUCUAAAGAAAGACUUCUUUCCUUGGGUUUAUGAUCGAUAUCACGUGAAGGGCCAGUGGGGUGGCCCAAGUGGCUGGAUCAGGUAG